UAUGCUGAUUUGCGGGUUUCCACGGCGCGCCUUUCAGCACCAGAACAUCUCUAGACGGUGAACCGGUCUCUCUGUCAUUGUUCGCAAAUCGCCGCUUCAACAUGUGAUUCACUCAGUGCGGCUCUUAUUUUCCUUGUUUAUUAAGCUCUCAAAAAAAUAGUUUAGCAGAGCGCCGAACAGAAAAUUAAUUUAACAUCCAAGAAUGGAGAAGAAAAAUGGAACAAAAUGGACGCGAGUUCCAGUGAAAGAAAUGGAGCAAGAGGAGGAAAAAAGCAAAGAAAGGGAUCCUAUGCCGAGGCUUGGAGCGAGCGCUCUAUCUGCUUUCACGUACUGGUGGACCCUGCCAAUAUUUCGCAGAUCGCAAGAAAAGGAGAAUCUGGAGCUGGAGGACUUGUUUCUGCCGAUGCCAAAGGACGAGGCGAACGCUCUUGGCAACGCACUGGAAAAGCACUGGAACGCGGCUAUUGCAAAGAGAGGCAAAGAAAAUCCCCCGAGAAUUUUAUUAAUUUUGCUGAAAACUAUAUGGAGGGACUUUUUACUCGCAGCUUUUGCAAUUUUCACAAACGACUGCAUACUAAGAACUAUUCAACCUCUCUUUUUGGGAGAAUUAAUCGCAUAUUUCCGUCAUGGGCCCUCAAAAGACGGCGCUCCGGGAGAAGUUUCUUACGAAAGGGCUUGGUUUUUGGCCAGCAUGGUCGUACUUCUUCAGAUCUGUAGCGUUUUUUGCUUCAAUCACCACUUAUUCAUCGCCAUUCAAAACGGUACAAAAAUGAAGGUUGCAACCUGUACUCUAAUUUUUAGAAAGGCCUUGCGACUUAGCAAAACCAGCCUCGGACAAACCGCAACGGGCCAAAUUGUGAACCUUUUGGCCAACGACGUGAGCAGAUUUGAUAUGAUCUCGAUGUUUUCCAACCUGAUGUGGUGCUCGAUCGUUGUCUUUGUCAUUGCAAGUUGUCUAAUUUACCGGCAGAUUGGCUCCUCUGGAUUGUACGGAGUAGCAGUGGUUCUGAUCGUUUGCCCUUUGCAAUCGUACACUGGUAGUUUGACCUCAAAAUACAGGGGGAAAACGGCGUUGCGAACUGACCACAGAGUUCGACUCAUGAAUGAAGUAAUAAAUGGAAUUCAGGCGAUUAAAAUGUACGCUUGGGAGAAACCGUUCGGGAUCCUCAUUUCAAAAGCUCGCAAGGUUGAAAUUAAGUGGAUUCGGCGCGCUUCUUUCAUAAGAGGCCUGUACAUGACUUUCAAUUUGUUCACGACUAGGAUGGCCCUUUUCUGCACUCUCCUCUCCUACGCCCUCUCCGGCAAUAGUUUAGCGGCCGAGGACGUUUUCGUUGUGUCGGCGUAUUUCGGGCUGCUUUCGCAAACCAUGUCUGGAGUUUUUGUGCGUGGAGUGGCAGAAUUUUCUGAGGCGUGGGUGUCAAUGAACAGGAUCCAGACCUUUUUGCUGAGGGACGAAUUUGGAGGAAGACCGGCUGAAAUAAAAGAUGAAACUGAUCAGCCAAGACAAAAACAGACUUCCAUUUGCGAGGAAAAAUUGUCGCAUGACGAAUCUAAUGGAAUUCCAUUGAAAGACAUUCCCUUAAUUGACGACAGCCAAGAAAAUCUUAAUUACAUUGAAGGACCCAGGAGUCCCCGUCCAGGACUGAUUCACAUUGAAAACGCGUCAGCCAGUUGGGUAGAGGGUGGCGACGUGACCCUGAACAAAAUCAACCUUAGGGCGGAGCCAGGGUCGCUGGUGGCUGUGAUCGGUGCCGUGGGCUCCGGCAAGUCGUCGCUGAUCCAGGCGCUGCUGGGGGAGCUGCCGUGGGGUGGAGGAGGGGGAGGGGUGGAGGCGCGGGGGGUGUCGUACUCGUCGCAGGAGCCGUGGGUGUUCUCGGGCAGCGUGCGCGAGAACGUGGUGUUCGGGCGGCCGUUCGAGCGGCGCAGGUACAACCAGGUGCUGAAGGCGUGCUGCCUGCUGCCCGACCUGAAGCGCAUGCGCAACGGCGACGCGACGCUGGUGGGCGAGCGCGGCGGCGCGCUCAGCGGCGGCCAGAAGGCGCGCCUCACGCUCGCCAGGGCUGCCUACGCUCAGCAUGUCGAUGCCUACCUGCUCGACGAGCCGCUCGCCGCCCUUGACGUAAAUGUGGCCAAGCAUGUCUUUGACGAGUGCGUCGACGGACUCCUCAGGGGCACCACCCGAAUCCUCGUCACCAAUCAAAUUCAUCUUUUGGAAAGGGCAGAUCUGAUCGUCCUCCUUCACAAUGGAUCGAUUGUUGCACAAGGAACUUUUCAACAAUUAAUAAAAGGAGAGGGAAACUUUUCUCAAAUGGUGGGUGAGCCGGCUGGAGAUGAUAUUGGCACCGAAGAGGGAGAACGGGCAGGCACCCCUUUAAAAUCUCUCCUACGCCAAAUUUCCAGUACCUCCCAGCAGAGUCUCAAUCAACCAAAAGAAGAGGAGGUUGAAGAGGACCAUCAGGAACAGCCGAAAAUUGAUGCGGAAAAGAACGUCCAAGGAUCCGUGGACAUUUCCGUAUAUAAAAAAUAUUAUUCCUUGGGAGGAAACUGUUUUACAUUAACAAGCAUGGUUGCUCUCUUUAUCUUAACACAAGUGGCAGCCAGUGCUGCUGAUUUCUGGGUUGCAUUUUGGACCACAACCGAGCAGAAAAGAUACGCAGUAAAUUAUUACUUUAACCAAACACUGAAUGAAUCUAUGAGCAAAGAUGUUUAUGAAGAGUAUGAGAGCCUCAUGUCAACCGACACCUGCAUACAAAUUUACAGUGGACUUUUGAUUGCCCUUUUUGUCACUGCAAUCAGCCGAUCUUUGGUGUUUUACAUUGUUGCAAUGAAGGCGUCAAGAGGAAUGCAUGACAAAAUGUUCAACGCGAUUGUUCACACGCCGAUGCAUUUUUUCUCCUGGAAUCCAGCAGGGAGAAUUUUGAACAGAUUCGCUCGCGACUUGAGCGGCGUUGACGAAAAUCUACCAAAAGCAACUUUGGACGCCGGCCAGUACUUGGCUGCCAUGCUGGGUAGCGUCAUAAUUGUCGGAAUCGUGAAUCCAAUUUUUCUUAUUCCAGUUUUAAUCACGGGAAUUAUUUUUUCAAAAAUCCGAAGCAAAUACCUAAUUUCCUCUCGGAGAAUUAAACGCCUGGAGAGUGCGGCUCGCAGUCCAGUUUUCUCCCUUUUGGCCGACGUGCUGAGUGAUUUAUCCACAGUCAGAGCUUUGAGCGCAGAAUCAAUGUUGAGAGCCAAAGUUGAGGAUUUCCAAGACACGCAUACGGCUGCGUGGUUUAUGUACUGCUCCGUCGGCCAAGCUUUUGGAUUUUUGCUGGACAUUCUCGUCCUUAUUUUCAUCGCGUUCAUCACUUUCGGAUUCCUUUUGCUGCCAAGUGACAACAUUUCUGGUUCUGCUGUUGGCUUGGCCAUAACUCAGGCUAUGGCUUUGACAGGACUUUUGAAUUGGGCUGUCCGCCAAUCAGCCGAGGUUGAAAAUUUAAUGACGUCAGUUGAGAGGUCAUUGGAAUACACACAAUUAGAACAAGAAAAGCAGCCUGAUCCUUCAAAUACUUUCGUUCCAGAAAAUUUUUGGCCUUCGGAUGGUAAGGUUGAAUUUAAAAACGCGUGUCUUCGUUACAACCCUGACCAGCCGCUGAUACUGAAAAAUUUCAACCUGAAGGUCCAGCCGGGGCACAAAGUCGGCAUAGUGGGUAGAACUGGUGCUGGAAAAUCGUCAUUGAUAAAUGCCCUGUUCCGUCUGGCACCUCUUGAAGGUGAAGUUAAAAUAGACUCAGUCAACACGAGUACCUUAACCCUGCAGGACCUUCGCUCGAAAAUUUCCAUCAUUCCGCAAGACCCCGUUUUAUUUUCUGGCACGCUCAGAUACAAUCUAGACCCUUUUGGCGAAUAUCCAGAUUUUUUGCUCUGGAGAGCACUCGAAGAUGUGGAAUUGAAAGAUUCAGUAGCAGAAAUAGCUGGUUUGGACAGUCCAGUUUCUGCUGGCGGGACAAAUUGGAGUGUGGGACAACGGCAACUUUUGUGUUUGGCGCGCACAAUUAUUCGCAGAAAUAAAGUUCUGGUCCUCGACGAGGCGACUGCUAACGUCGACCCACAAACUGAUGCUCUAAUUCAGGCAACUAUUCGAAAGCAAUUUAAGGACUGCACUGUGCUCACUAUUGCACAUAGAUUGAACACAAUCAUGGAUUCAGAUAUGGUGCUUGUUAUGGCUGAUGGCCAACUUGUGGAAUACGGACCGCCGUUUGAGCUUCUUCAAACUGAUGCUGGUGCUUUCAGAAAAAUGGUUGAUGAGACUGGUCGAAACACUGCCAAAGCCUUGGAAAAAGUCGCAGAAAAGGCAUAUCAUAGCAAAAGUGAUUAAUGUUUACGAUUUUAAAUAAAAAUAUAUAUUUCUUUCAAAUUUG